UCGAGACUAUAUAAAAAAAGAGCAUGGAAAGUAUUCUAUCCCUAGAUCACUUCUAUCUUCCCCCAAUGCCCAUACCAAGGACACAAGUACUAUAUCACCGCUGAAAUCUAUCAAAAUGGCUACCCCCGGCCUCGUCGUCGCCCUCACCAAACCCAAACACCCCGACCUCACCCUUGACACCUACAACAAAUGGUACGACACCAUCCACCUCCAAGAUGUCGUCGACGGGGGCCUCGGCGACCUUGCCGUCCGCUACCAGCACGUCGACCCCUCCAAGCCCCUCCCCUACAUCGCGCUAUACCGUGUGCCCGAUGUUGCCUUCCUAGGCGACACGGCGAAGAUGGACGCGAUCCCAAAGACGAGCGACAUGUUGCCGGGCCCCAGCCGCGAUUGGCGGGAGGUGUUGGAGAAUGAGAUCAGGGGGUAUAUUCACGUGCAGUCGUAUGAAGGGCCGAAUGCGGAUGCGGGGAGGGGAAAGGGACGGGCGAUCGUGACGUUCGUCGCGAAUGUCCCUGAGGAGACCGAGAAAGAUCUGGACGCCUGGUAUCGCGAGGAGCAUCUCGCGCUGCUGGCCAAGUGCACCGGCUACAUCCGUUCCACCCGCUACCAACUCAUUCCUGGCGCCGGGUUCACCGGGCCGAAGUUCCUCGCCAUCCAUGAAUGGGAGAGUCCGAAUCUGCCGAUGGAGGAGCUGGAGCGCACGGUAAUGUCGACAGAGUGGUCGAAGAAGAUCAUGGGGGUGGCGACGGAUGUCGAUCGGGGGGUGUGGACGUACGUGUCGGAGUAUCAGACGGGUGGGGAUAGCAGGUUAUAGUGACGAGAACGGGCGCGGUAAUUACGGUAGUGUGACGAUGGAAGGGAUGAGAUGUCUGGAUUCGGAACGAGCUGUAGCGGCUUGAGAGCCGAAUGUGAUUGUUCUUCAACUCCGUGACGAUGAUAAAUAGCACUUAUCUAUGACCAUAACCGCUUAUGGGACUCCAAUAGCCCAGAUACAGGACUAUGUCAAGUAC